ACAGAAAAAAACAUUAUACUCUAUGGUUGCCAUUUAUGAAUUUCAACGACGCUUUGUGAUCCGUAAAUGAAAAUUGUGAAAAUAUUGUGCAUUUCAUGAAUUAAUCUGCAGAUGUUUAUAUAAAGGAAGUCGGUUGUAAGAUGAAUUCGACAAUAUCUGACGAUUUAACCCGUGAACAUUUGGCUUUUGAGGCAACAAAGUGUGUUGGAAAUAUUUUCGCGAGGAGUCAAAGCGUGACAUCUUUACACAAGGAGUUGUUAGAAAUAAACCUCUCCAUUACUGCGUAUAUUCAGGAAAGUAAGAGACGUUUGGAAGGCCUUCGAGUGGCCUUGGCGAACGAGGCGAAGAGCUCCCAAAAGGUCGUUGAGAUACUAACUGAAAAAUAAAAAUGUCCAGCGCUCCAACCACACCACACAAACAUAACACUAGAAUAAACAUCAAAUCCUUACAAGAAGACAAUAAUAACACAAACAAUAAGUUUACAGAACGUCAACAAGCAAGAACAUUCAUACAAUGGUAUAAACGCAUGAUAGAUCAUGAGCGGCAGAAUCUUGCAUUGUAUUUUUCUGAUGAUGCCACUUUAGAAUGGUUCGGUCGAACUAUAAAGACACGGAAAAAAAUAUCAACAUUUCUGAAACAUGACAUGCAGUGUUCAAGCCAUGAUUUUACCACUAUUGAGAGUAUUGAUAAAAUUCCAACAAGACAAGAUAGUUUGCUAAGAAAAGAAGACUCCAUUUUAGCCAGUCCACUUCACUCCCCUGAAUUUAAACCUAAAGAAAGAUGUGGUAAAAGGCGAUUGCUAAGGUCUAACUGUAACAGUCCAGAGUGGGCAGAAGGUUGUAAGCCCCUUGACGAGUAUGAAACUGACAGAAAGAGAAUUAAGAUUGAAGAACCUGUUAGAGAUCAUGAAAUGUGUCAAAAUAAUGCAAUAAAAAGAGAGUUCCCAUUGGAUGAAACGUCAGAAAUUGGACAUAAAGGGGAUGGAGCAAUAGGGAGACGUGUAAAACGUAAAUGUGUGCCAGUCACACCUCCGAAUCUGGAAGUAGGUCAAGGGGAUUGCAUACCUUCCACUAGUGGAACGGAUUCUAACAAGUCACAUGAUGCCUUAAAUGCUCAACUGCCAAAAUUGGCUGUGGAAUGCAAUGGUUAUAUUGAGUUUACUCGAACCCGAAACAAUAGAGCUAUAGAUAUGAUGAAAUGGGAAAGAAAAUGUAAGGUGCAAAUCAGUUAUAGUGAGGAUCCCCUUAAUGUUGGAGAGUAUAUUAUCUGGGUGUUACGGUAUACAGAUGAAAGUAGAUGUCGCAGGAAUCUCCUUGCUGCAUUUGAGGAGGUAGCUAAGGAAGAGGAAGCAAAACAUGCUCAGUAAUUUUGUUUCAGAUGUACUCAAUAUGUUGAAACAGUUUUUAUACACAUUCCUAUUUUAAACUAAUGCUUUCAUUUAAAAAGUGGACAUAUUCCGUAGUUUGUACAAAGAAAUAGAAACAAUUCUGCAUUACAAAUAUGAUGCUAUUAAUGUAUCAUAUUUCUCUGGUACCCAAUUAGAUAACAGAUUCAAUGAGUCAAAUGAUUGAUUGUACAGAUAAUUUCAUUAGCACUAAAAUAAACACUUCAAUUGUGACAAACUUGCAAUGAAAACAUUUUUUAUAGUUUUGUGAUAUAUUUUUGUAUGGUAUAGGAUUUAUCUAUUUUAUGUACAUUUCCUUUAGUUCGUUUACAUUCUGACAAGCUGUAGCUCUUAUGUAUGAUUAUGAAUUAAUGCUGACAAUAGUUUAAAUAGCAUAAUAGAAAAUAAGCAAUUUGUCACAAACAGCUGCACACAAUGCUUUUCCACUUAUAAUAUUUCAGUAGCAUGGUGUUGAAAUGAAAAAUAUGUCAUUAUUUCUCCCAGCUUAUCUAUGAAUGGUUCACAGUAACGUGUGCUUAUCUGGAGUCCAUGUUUAGAAACAGUAAUGCUUAGAACAUAUUUUGUUUUCAUUUAUAACAGUCUACUCCAUAGAUGGCGCUAACUUGAACGGUUUUGCUUAUUUACUUAUAUUUGAGGACUGUAUGAUAUGAGAAAACUGUGAAGUUCCUGAGUAGCACAUUUUAAAAAGACAAUAAUUAGUAUAGGACUUUUUGCAAUACACAAUUGGCAAAGGUUAAUAUUGUUCAAAAAUACUUUGGAUAUAUUCUCCCAUGUUUUAGGGUGAAGUAGAUGAGACUAUACAACCUUUUAAUGUUUCUUAAGCCAAAAUAUGUUAUUAUAAAAGUCUUUAUAGAUCUCCAACCCUAUAUCUUGUCACUUAUUCUAUACCACCGAAGUUUUAAUUUGUAUUUGAUAGGUUUAGUUUUCUUUUAGGAAACAUUCAACUUUAGAUUUCGAAUGUAACAGAUAAAAGUAAUGCUAGGAUUAGGGUAUUAUUUAGUUAGAAAUGAUCAUGUUUAUCAUGUUUGGUGUUAUCUAUUUUUUCAUUAGGAGAUAUUGUGAUAGAUCUUUAUAAUAUUGUCUGGUAUACUUUUGGCGUCUGUACAACAUAAACAAAAACAAGUUACACUUCAUGAAGAUACGUUUUUUACAUUUAUAAUUAACUUUAAAUUGUGCUAAAAAGUGGUUGUUUACUUUUUUAGUGGAGAAAGUCUUCAGCCAAUUUUUUGCCAAGAGUAGUACAGAUUUCUGUACUUUUUAUUUACUAUUACUUACAACUGUUUUAUGUUUUGAUUGACCAAUGGACUUUCAAUGAGAUUUAAAAUAUAAACGCCUUAAAUAUAAUGCCUUAUAUUUGGGGCUACUUUAAGUGUCAAUAGCUUGUAACAUGUGAUAGAACCAUAUAUUUUUUAAAAUGUUUCUACGUUAAAAUGUUACAUAUAACAGAGUUUGCCGAUUAUAUUAUAUAGAAUAAAGAAAAAUAUUAUGCAGAGUAUGCACACUAUUGUUGACUUUAAAGUAGUCCCUCUAUUCUAAGUUUUAUGUUGUUAUACAUUACUUGUGAAGUAAUGAUGUGGGAAGAUUUUUGUUUGAUUAUGCUAGAGAUUGUAUAAGAUGAAUAAACCUUGUUUAGAAAUAAAAAA